UCGUGCAGAACAGAGCAAGGGGUGGACCGGGCGCGCGGGGAGGCAGAUCCUCAGCUCGGGACAGUAAUUGGUCACCGGUGGACUUUGGUCGCGCGCCUGCGCGCACACGCGAUGUCUCGUGCACACCGGAGUCGUAGUGCACGAGGCUGAAGAUUACCGGGGAGCUGUAGCUGCAUCUCGCGAGCGCGCGUGCCAAAACAGCGGAAGUCAACAUGUCGGAGAAGCGGAUCUCGCGCUGGUACUUCGGCGGCCUGGCGUCGUGCGGCGCCGCGUGCUGCACGCACCCGCUGGACCUGGUGAAGGUGCACCUGCAGACGCAGCAGGAGGUGAAGAUGAGGAUGGUCGGCAUGGCGAUGCACGUGGUGAAGAAUGAUGGAGUGCUGGCGCUCUAUAACGGCCUCAGCGCCUCUCUCUGCAGACAGAUGUCGUACUCUCUUACGAGGUUUGCUAUCUAUGAAACAGUGAGGGAUAUGAUGGGCAGUGAGGGACCCAUGCCCUUCUACCAGAAAGUUCUGCUGGGAGCAUUCGGAGGGUUUACAGGAGGAUUCAUCGGGACGCCGGCGGACAUGGUGAACGUCAGGAUGCAGAACGACAUGAAGCUCCCUCCCGAGCUCAGGAGAAAUUAUAAACACGCACUGGAUGGACUCUUCAGAGUGUGGAGAGAAGAGGGGACGAGGAGGCUGUUCUCUGGAGCCACCAUGGCGUCCAGUAGAGGAGCUCUGGUCACUGUGGGACAGUUGGCGUGUUAUGACCAGGCUAAGCAGCUGGUUCUGACCACAGGAGUGAUGGGAGAUAACGUCCUCACCCACUUCCUCUCCAGCUUCAUCGCUGGAGGGUGUGCUACGUUCCUCUGCCAGCCGCUGGAUGUGCUGAAGACCAGACUGAUGAACUCUAAAGGAGAGUACCGGGGAGUGCUGCAUUGUCUUGCUGAAACUGCCAAACUAGGACCACUAGCCUUUUAUAAGGGUUUAGUUCCAGCCGGCAUCCGAUUGGUCCCUCACACGGUACUGACCUUCCUGUUCCUGGAGCAGCUGAGGAAGCAUUUCGGCAUCAGGGUGGUCAGCUGAUCUGAUGGAGCUCCGGACGUUUGGCCUUCCGACGUUUGAUUGAAUACUUGGCAACCCCACUUCAGAACUUCAGAGCUACAGACUGGACUGGAACUGAGAUACAGAACGUGCCAUAUUAUUAAGAACACACACACUAAUACACACACACACACACAUAUACACACACACACUAUGCAGUGUCAUUACAUACUGUAUACACAGCCAAAGCUCAGCUGUCUCACAGCUCAGCGUUUACACAUUCAAUAUCAUUACAGUAUAUAUAUGCUAUAAUAGACAGAUUUACAGACAGACAGAUACAUAGACAGACAGACAGAUAUACAGAAUGUUUACUGUAUUUAAAACUAUGUAAACAAAGUUCUCAUAAACUCUUAAAAUAAGAAUAACACACUUUAUCUUAAGAGCUCCGGACCAAAACGACCAGAUACACUACUACUGAAUAUAUUCCCAAAAAUAUUCAUUCACCAAUCCAAAUCACUUCCAUGUGAUUCCACAGGUGUAUAAUAAUAAAAGCAGCAGCUAGGCAUGCUGGGAUUGCUUCUACAAUCAUUAUAUUAGUGAAAGAAUGGGUCUCAGGCUCUCAGGAGCUCAGUGAACUCCAGCACUGUGGUACAAGUCCAGUUGUAAAAUUUCACUGCUAAAGAUUCCACAGCCAACUGUCAGUGAUAUUAAAACACAGUGGAAGAGACUGGGAACCACAGAGACUAAAAUAAAAUAACAGAGCGGAGUCAGCGGAUGCUGAGAAUACUUUUGGCAAUAUAGUGUUUAAUACAGUAUUAGCAAAUUAGCAAAAAAAAAAAAAUGCAACAGUCGACUAUAUAAGGUAUCAUAAAGGGGCAUUCUCCUCCAAUCACAGCUUUGGAAAAAUAUAAACACGUGUAUAUAUAUAUAUAUUCAAUAGAUCUAAUUCAAAUUUUGAUAUUUCAGAGUAUUGUUGCUGCUAUAGCGAAAAUUCUUUGCGAUACGACAAAAAAAUGGACUUUUUAAAAAUGUAUUUCAAAAAAUACAAUACUCCAGAAUAAUAUUACAUUUUUUAUUCAGUACAUAAACGAUAAGUGUUUAA